AGAUCUUUAAAAAAAUUAAACAAGCUGAAAGAAAUGCAUAAAUAAUGUGUAAUUAUAAUUUAUAUAUAGUGAAAACUUGUAACAAGAUAUAUAAACUUUCUCUCAUCUAGUGACGUAAAAGAGAGUGUAAUAUUAUUUAAAUCUCAUUAAGGCGAACGGAGUAAAUCCCCUUUGCCAGCAAAACCACUCUAUCCUGUCUAGGUUGUACUUGCUAAAAAAAUACGCGAGAAAUUGCCUAUAAUUAAUAAUAAUAAUGCCAAUAUAGCUAAUGUUCAGUUUUAGUCUUAGGAUUAUUAAAAACUUUGUAUGUAGUGGGAGAAAUUUUCUUUGGUAUUUGUAUACAAAAAUAAACACAUUAUACAAUUCAUUUGUGCCAAAAUAUUUACAACUUAAUCAAAUCAUCAUGUCAAAUGCUAUAUUAUACGAUGAGUCAAUAGUUACCAAAAAUGAACAAGCGGUUAGUGAGUUCAAUGGCAAUUGGAUGUCCAUUGUAAUCCCAAGCAUGUAUCGAAAAAUAACAAAACUCAGCUAUGAUCUUAUUGAAGAAUGUAAAAAAUGUUCAGAAAAUUCUACCAUCUCGAAAGGCCUUCGAGAAGAACUGGAAUGUUAUAGUCGCGAAGUGCGACGAGAAGCGGUAAAGCGUAUGCGGAAUGGUUGUGCCCCUUUGUUCAUAGCGGCUAGCCGCGGCUGUGUACCAAUUGCGGAAUACCUCGUAACAAUUUGCGAAGCUAAUAUCGAACAACAUGGUCUCUAUGAGGCCCCGGUGGAUCGUACAUUUCAUCGCGUUACUCCAUUUUGGUGUGCAGUAGUUUCUAAUAAACUGCCAAUGGUCAAGUAUUUGUUACGUGUCGGUUGUGAUAUAAACGCGAUCUCUGAUACCGGAUCAACGCCAGUGCGAAGCGCAUGCUAUAUGACUCACAUUGAAAUGGUUAAAUUUCUAGUUGAACAUGGUGCUGAUAUUAAAAAGACCAACAUGAACGGUGGUACAUGUUUAAUUAACUCAGUGCAAUCACCGCAAUUGUGUUUGUUUUUAAUACGCAAAGGUGCGGACGUAAAUGCUAUCGAUAUACAGGGUAAAACUGCUCUACACUAUGCCAUACAGGAACAUAGACUGGAAACUACUAAACUUUUAUUAGCACACGGUGCCAAUCCUUACGUUUUAAGUCGACAUGGUGAUGACGCCUUGCGUACAGCAUGUUUAAAGGGGGCUCAUCAAAUUUUCGAUUAUCUCAAAAAUAAUUUAGAGUAUUCGUUAGAAAGAAUAGCAGAAGCUCAUGAAUUAAUAGGUUCCACCUUUUUGGACGAACACAAUGAAAGCCGAGUAGCCAUACUGCAUUGGCGACUUGCUCAACAUAUACGAGCAUCUCAAACACCUUACAUUGAAAAAUUUCCGAAAGUACCGUUGCGUGAGGCUUAUUGUAAUGCCGUAGAAUUUCAAACAUUAGAAGAAUUAGACAAUAUAGCCGUAGACAUUGAUGCAAUGCGUGUACAAAGUCUCUUGAUUUGUGAACGCAUUUUGGGCAUAACUCAUAAAGAUACUUUGUUUCGUUUAACAUUUCGAGGCGCUUCGUACGCCGACUCAUUACAAUUGCAACGCUGUAUUCAUCUUUGGACCUUGCUAUUGGAAAUAAGAGUGCAACACAAUUCGAUAUUACAUUUUGAUACAUGCUUUGCGGCCCAAGCACUAGUGCGUUUAAUGUUAGAACUGAACGAACGGAAUACGCAUCUCGAGUUUAAUGCUGAUUUCGAACAUUUGCCUCGCUUUGUUGAUGUGCUUACCGUAUUCAAUUUGCUUACGGAAACCAUAAGCGAAUCAUAUGAUUUACUACAAAUACGUCCGGUACACCGUAAGCAGCAGGAAAACUUUGAUAAUAUAUUCAAAUGCAUAGCGCACGCAAUCUAUCUCUUGGUCUCAACGGCACACGGUCGUGACGAAAUACGUCGCGUUUAUAUGUCUGUAAAAGAGUUGGUAAAAUUGAAUAUUUGUAGUGCCUGUACGAGCGAUACGCUUUUACAUUUAUGUGUUUCACGUUUAAAUGUUAUCAAAAGCGGUUAUCUAAAUGAUAAUAAUUUAAAUAUCAUAUUUCCGGAUGCUUCCGUUAUCAAGUUUCUAUUGGAUUGUGGCAUGAAUGUAAAUGCAAAAAAUGAAGUAAAAUCUACGCCUUUGCAUAUCGCUGCUCAACCCUACAAUUUCAGUAAUGAGAUAAUUUCUUUACUUCUAAAUAAUGGUGCGGAUCUCGAUCAACCCAAUAAAUCGGAUGAGCGUCCUUUCAAUUUAAUUGCCAGCAAUCCUGCUAACACUGUCUCACUGAUGAAUUAUAUUACCCUUAAAUGUUUGGCUGCCACCGUUAUCAGUAGGUAUCGCAUACCGUAUAAAGAGGAAAUACCCAAAUGUCUAGAGGAUUUUCUCAAACAUCACGAACCCUAAAUAAUGUACUUUUGAAAGGCUGCAUAUUAUUUAUUCUCUUUCCUCUUCUAUAGAAAUCUUAAGUUAGAUUUUAAAAGCAAAAUUAAAAACCUUUUAAAAGGUGAAAUGUAUUAUAAAAAUUUUAUAUA